CAUGCGCAGGCUGUAGCAUUUUCCAUCUCCUCUCGCCGCCGCCAGGCCCGCUCCCAUGGCCGCGACCGCUCCGGCCGACGACCGGCCGGACAAUUGCCCCUCCGCCGCCGCAGCUUCUUCCCCGCCGCAACCCACCCCGGAGGAGCUGGUGGCCCGCGCCGUCGCCCCCGUCAAGCCCGCCUUCCUCCGCCCGCCUCCCGUCCGCGAGGCACCCAGCGAGGAGAACAGGGCCACCGGCGCUGUUCCUUUGGAGAAGAAGUCCAAGCGCCAGUUCAAGCGCGAGCGCAAGCAGGAACAGGAGUCUGUAUCACGUCUUUGUAUAGCAGUAGGGAAAAGUGGAAAUCCGGAUGCUUGCAAAUAUGGUGCUUCUUGCCGUUUCAGCCAUGACAUAGAUGCUUAUUUAGCUCAGAAACCAGCUGACCUGGAAGGAUCGUGCCCAUUUACUGUACAGGACAAGUUAUGUCCGUAUGGUCUGAAUUGUCGUUUUUUGGGUACACACAAGGACAACAAUGCACUUUCUGAAAAUCAUGAGAUAAAUCCCUUGAAUAAAGACGUUCAAAAGCUCUUAUGGAAGACAAAAUAUAAAUUUCCCAAGGCCAGUGCCCAGAUCAAACAUCUUGGUCUUAAGGAAGUCAUCAAGACUAAAGCAAAUGCACAAACUGAAGAUCAGAAGGCUGAUCAUGAUAAUCUGGAUGUAUCAUGUGAACUGAAUGGUGAUGAUAAAACUGAAUCUCUUUCCGGUCCUCCUGUGAAUCUGGACUGUGAUUCCGGUUUGUGUGAAGAAAUGGUAAAACUGGAGGGAGAACCUUUGGUUGGUAACUCUGUUCCAUGUGUCGAACCAAGGGCAUCAAAGAAGUCAAAGGUUGAAGAUGGUGGAAUUCACAAAAAUGGAGCUGGUACUCAUGACACCACGACGUACUCUGAAGACUCAGCUUUGGUUAAUGGAUUGGAAGUGCCCUCAGAUGACCCAAGCUCUUGCAGAGUUGACCUAGUUGAAACACCUCAUUUACGUGAAAGAAAGAUAAUAGAUUUUCGGGAGAAGUUGUACCUUGCUCCCUUGACUACUGUUGGGAAUCUUCCUUUUCGGAGGCUGUGCAAAACAUUGGGAGCUGAUAUUACUUGUGGAGAAAUGGCUAUGUGCACAAAUCUUAUGCAGGGGCAAGCUUCAGAAUGGGCUUUGCUGCGACGACAUUCAUCAGAGGAUUUAUUUGGUGUGCAAAUCUGUGGAGCUUUUCCAGAUACAGUCGCACGGACAGUUGAACUUGUGGAUAACGAGUGUUCGUUUGACUUCAUUGACAUAAAUAUGGGUUGCCCGAUUGAUGUGGUUGUUAACAAGGGAGCUGGGUCCCAAUUGCUCACAAAACCUAUGAGGAUUAAGAGUAUUGUUCAAGCAUCAUCUGCCGUCACUGAAAGACCGUUAACUGUUAAGGUAAGGACGGCGUUUUUUGAAGGCAGGAACCGUGCUGAUUCUUUAGUUUCAGACAUUUAUGAUUGGGGUGCGUCAGCCAUAACAAUACAUGGUCGAUCGCGGCAACAGCGCUACAGCAAACUUGCUGAUUGGGACUAUAUUUACCAGUGUGCACAGAAGGCCCCGGAUGACUUGCAUGUCAUUGGCAAUGGUGAUAUAUUCUCCUACACUGACUGGAAUAGGCAUGUUUCAGGCUGCUCGAAAAUUUCCACUUGCAUGAUUGCUCGAGGUGCACUUAUCAAGCCUUGGAUAUUUACUGAGAUCAAAGAACAAAAGGACUGGGAUAUUACAUCUGGGGAAAGGUUCAAUAUUCUAAAAGAUUUUGCGCACUUCGGUCUGGAACAUUGGGGCUCUGAUUCCAAAGGUGUGGAGACAACACGCCAUUUCUUACUAGAAUGGCUAAGUUACACCUGUCGGUAUAUUCCGGUCGGGCUGUUGGAUGUGGUUCCGCAACGACUGAACUGGAGGCCCCCAAGCUACUGUGGCCGUGACGACCUUGAAACCCUAAUGGCCUCUGAUUCAGCAGCUGACUGGGUUAGGAUCUCAGAGAUGUUACUAGGCAAAGUUCCAGAAGGAUUUACCUUUGCACCAAAGCACAAGUCCAACGCCUAUGAUCGUGCAGAAAAUGGCUAAAAAUGUUAGGCGAUCCAUGUUCAUCGCAAACGACAGCCAGAACUCAGCAAUUCAUGAGAUUGAAUCUCUUCUCGGUUAGUGUUAGUCAAAGAGCUCCAGGCUGCUUCAUAAUGGUUACUUGUAGCGUGGUGUAACAGAAUGGUGCUGAUUUAUUUAUUCUGAAUGAUGAUUGCAUUUUUAUUUUAAGAAUGCAGGAUGGUGCUAAUUUCGAACCAUCACAGUUCUAAUACAAGAACAAUAUAGAUAAUUUUUCUGGUUUCAA